UCCGAAUCAGAACAAUAUUGGAAGUUUUAAGUGUCCAUUAAAACAUAAUCUGUUAAACAAAAGUGACAUAUAGUUUUUUUGUUUCUGUACAACAAAAUAGAUAUAACACUUAAUAGUCCAAUAUGAAUUCAAAAGUGAUUUCCUUCUUUGUGCUCAUCGUCGCUGUUUACUCAGCUCCACACGCAACACAAUGGCCAGCUGGUGUACACCCAAGUGUCUGCCCUAACUACCCAUACUGCGAUACUGGUGCUAUUGCUGCAUCAGUUGCACCAUUGGAAGGAUUCUCCACCCGUCUUUACCCAGCUGGCAUAAGCCCAGCCGCUUGCCCAGGCUAUCCGAUUUGCGAUAACACUGUUGUACACAACACCCCAUUAGUUAACACUGUUAACCCAGCCUGGAAUCAACCAUCACCUGUGGUUGACAAAUACCCAGCUGGUGUACACCCAAGCGCCUGCCCUAACUACCCAUACUGCAGUACCGGAGCCGCUACACCAUUGGAAGGAUUCUCCACCCGUCUUUACCCAGCCGGCAUUGUUGCCGCUUCAUGUCCAAGUUAUCCAUACUGUUAA